GUUAAAGAGAUUCUAAAGAUGGCGACCACAGGGACGCUUCACCUCCGCAGCGUCUCCGCGCGUUUGACCGUUUUUCUCGCCUUGUUGAACGCGCUGGAUUCGGUGAAUUGCGAUGAGCAGGUGCCGCUCAUUCUGUGGACGAGCGCAGGCGUCUCCCGGCCGGGUCCGUCUCCCCCUGCAGCCGGUCACAUCGUCGGGCAGCAGCAGCUGAGCUCGUACCUGGAGACGGCUCUGAAUGACGGCCCAAGAAACGUGGUGCUGUUCCUCCAGGACAAGAUGAGCAUCGAGGACUUCACCAUGUACGGAGGAGCUUUUGGAAACAAGCAGGACACGGCUUUCCCCAACCUGGAGGGGGCUCUGAUGUCCUCGUCCUCUCCUCUGGUGUUACCUGCCGUGUCCUGGCCCGCCUCCAAUGCAGUGAUUGGUCAGCUGCAGGACCAAUUAGAAACCUCCCCUCUGUACAUGGACCCUGAGACGCUGAGUCAGCUGAGACUCAACGCCUCCUCGCCCGCCCUGCUGGUGUUCAGGCUGCCGUACGGCAUCGGAGCUGAUCUGAUGUCUGCUAAAGAGAUUCUCAGUGGAAACGAUGAGGUCAUAGGUCAGGUGCUGAGCACCAUGAAGACUCAGGCCGUCCCGUACACGGCCAUCUACACGGCCCUGCAGCCCUCCAGGGAGGCGGCGUCUCUCUCCAUGGAAGCCGGCCUCGGGGGAGGACGCUCUCUCCUGCAGGCCAAAGGAGGCUAUCGGGAGAGGGAGAGAGAACGGGAGAGGCAGCGCAGGAUCAAGGAGAAGGCUGGGAUCUACGCACCGGUGGAGUUUAAGGAGGAUGAGGAGACCUGUAUCCUGCUCUGGGCUAAAGGUCUGUCGGUGAGUAUCCUUCGGAGCGGUCGCUGGGAAGACCACGACCUGACCCCGUCCACCUUCGGGGAGGGAGUCAGCCCCAAACUCCACGGCUCAAGCUGCGACAAAACCAAAUCCAAGUUGGUUCUUAACUAUGAGAACGUCCUCGGCCACCGCAGCUUCAAACUCAUCUUCGCUAUGAGCCAGCGUCUCUACAAAGUGUCGGCCCGCCGCUGGUUCACGCUGGACACCGUGGAGCUGGAGUACGACGGCACCAAAGCCAAGUUCAACGGCAGCAGGAAGGUCUACGCCCCCGCCGAGUACUCGUACCGCUGCGAGUCCGUCACCAACUUCCGGUGGCCCCAACUCGUCCCGCGCACCUUCAACGAUCCGGCCAAUCAGUGGAGGGUCUCCUUUGAAGACUUUCAGAUCCAGGGCUUCAACGUGAGCGGCAGCGACUUCUCCUACGCCAGCGACUGCGCGGGCUUCUUCUCCCCGGGUAUCUGGAUGGGUCUGAUGACCAGCCUCCUCAUGGUGCUGGUGCUCACCUACGGCCUGCACAUGAUCAUGCAGCUCCGCACCAUGGACCGCUUCGACGACCCCAAAGGACCGGCCAUCUCCGUGCCCCAAACGGAGUAACGUGUUCUGUCCCUGCAGCGCUCCCACUCCCACCAGUCCUCCCUUCAUGUGUAGUUGGGCAUCACACACACUGUGUUGUCAGAAUAAGGGACCAGUCAUCACUGCAUAUCUGUCACUUCAUACUCAAUGUGCAUUCUGAGAGUGAAGAAUCUUAGUUUGUGCUCCUCAUGUAGUAGUUACAUCUGGAAACAUCUGUUAACACCUGAAGGAUCCUCAGAGUCUCUUCUAACCUCAAGUGUUCAUCUGAGACUUUGUUUCUAACCCAACAAAGACAUGAACUCUCUUUAGUUUAUGUUGUGAGUGUGUUGGUGUGUUAAAGUGCGUCAGAGUGCUGCAGGGAUGAAGUGCAGUCUGUGAACAUGUUGAGUGUAGAACAGGUCAGUAUGAGACGACUAAUCCUAAACGUUAGUUUCUGCUAUAAUACAAAAUGUAAUUAAUAAUCCCGUUGGCUUCUUGUCGAGAGAAGCAGUGCAGCAAACUGAAUAUAUCUUUAUUUUAUUCAGAAGGUCAGAAGACUUUCAGAAAGUGUUAAAAUACUUUAAAGAUGAAACAUGAGGCGCACAAGCUGGAGCGAGUUCUCAGGAGGAUAAACGUUCCCAUGGAAGUUUUACAAUUGUACAUAAAGUAACUUAUGAAUUAUGAAAUGUUAUUUAUUGGUGAAACGUGUGUGUGUGUGUGUGUGUGUGUGUGUGUGUGUGUGUGUGUUUCCAAUCGUGUUUGUGUCUGUGAGUAGACGAGUGAAAUGAAGGGACUACUUUCUGUGUGGAUGAAUCAUUUAUUCUAGUUCAGUGAGGCGAUGAGACCAUGAGGACCUCUAAAGUACAACAUUACACAUUAACAUUAAACUUUAACAUUAACUUGAACAUUUACUCAUGUCUUUGGUCGUCUCAUCCAAACAUGAGCUGAACUCACUGGUUGUUGUUUAACCGUGGUGAACAUUAUUUAUUCAUUAUUUAAAGUCAGCUGAUGUGCACUGAAUUCUGCUCAACGUGAAAUGAUCAUUUUACUGUUUGUUUAUUUAUUUUGAUGAUUGUAGUGAAUAUCGAUAUGAUGUAAGGUCCUGAAUGUCGCGCUGCUGCUGUGACCCCAAUAAAACAUCUGUUGAAACAAA